CAUCAGGCAUCAGUCAGUCGCUGGCGAUCGACCCAUCGACUACGAUCGACGCGCAGAUCGAGUAGUGUCGCGAGGUGUGAUAUGCAGAUGAGGUACGCGAUCGACAAGUAGCAGUGAGAUUUCCGCCAAACGAUUCCAUGAUCACGUCCGCGAGGAACGUCGAUCUGCCCGAGCAUUCAACCUUCUUCGGCAGCAAGGCACAUCGAGCGUUUAAAAAAAUGCCAAUCCUGUCCCAAUUAUCGCGCCGGUUUCAUGAUAUGUUGACGACGGAUGCGAAACCAGAUCCACCACGGACCGGAAUCAAGGACUACACGCACAAUCUUCCACCGACAUCGGACGAGGAAUUGAAAAAAACACAGUCUACAUCGACACCUAUUACGCCAGAAAAGGAACACGAUGAUAACGUUACGUCCUUGCAAGGACAGAAAUCGGUACCGAAUGACGCGAGGCCCACGACGCCCACUGAUUUUUCCACAAAACCGGAAGACCUCGGCGAUACAAGGUCCACGAGCGACUCGAAAGAGUACAAACGACCAAGGACGAAAACGAAAUCAAAACAGAAUAAAUAUUCACAAGGCACGAAUGUCAUAAAUUACAACAUCGUCAAUUCGAACGGUGUAAAGAUCGGCUCGCGGACAAGCUAUAUAUGCAAUAUAAAUCAGUAUCCGGCGAGUAAUAACGCAUCCGGGGCACAAUCAGAGGCUUCUUGGUCAAAGCCCAAGUACCGAUCGAUGCCAGAAAACGUGGAAGAGUUGAGCACAUGUAAAGAAGAGCUUGCGUUUAACGAUAUGCUUCUUAUUAAGACGCAUAUCGGACAUGGAUGGCGGGAUGUCGCGAGAAGGCUCUCGUACUCGGACGGGCAGAUCGAGCAGUUUGAAGAGAAUUACAGGCAUAAGGGUACCGACGAGAUAAUCUAUCAGCUGCUACUCGAUUGGAAGCAAGCUAACACACGGGACGCCCAACUUGGCAUGUUAGUCAGUAUAUUAUGGUCUUGUCAGGAAUACGAUUGUGUCGAGAGAUUAGCCGCAGCUCAUAAAAAUUCAUUUUAUUCAGGCACGGCAUAGAUAAUCUCUAUCUAAUACUUGUAUAUACGUGAAUGAUUGUGAUCUUUUUUUACUCAAAAUAGCAUUCCAUUGUUUUUAUAUAUUUCCUAUUUUAACACGUAGUUUAUAGACAUACAAUAUAUGUAUGAUUUCGAUCGCGGAGAACGUCUAAUACAGAUUCGGGUUGGCGGAUGGAAUAUUGUUGACUCAGCUAAUUCACAUUUAGCCUUUGUUCGAUUCGGUAUUGCACGGAAUUACAAUGAACCUACAGUUCGAACAGAGAAGCAUGAUCUGGUUAAUAAUAUUCGAAUACUACGACGAAUCUAAUAUCGUUUCACGCGAUAUAUGUAAUAUCAUAAUAUAUGCACACAUUUCUAUCAUCCAUUCUGUAAAAUCUGACGGAAAUAAAAAAAAUAUACACUUC